AUGUCUGAUAAAAGCGUUAUUCCAAUUCAAUAUGAUGAAUUUAUGGAUAAUUUUAAGGAAUGCAUUGAUUCAUUUAAUGCAUUAUAUCAGCUAAAAACGAACAAUGAAGAAGAAAUACGCUCAAUUUAUAAAUUGAUCAAAAUAAAUUUGCUUGAAUCAAAGAUCUACCUUCCUCAAUUCAUCAUACAAAGUAUUUCAACAAUAUCUAUCUAUAAUAACCGCUAUAUGAAAGCGUAUUUACAAAUAGUCAAACAGAUAUUUGAUGAUUAUCAUCCAGAAUGCAUCAAAGAAGUUAAACCUAUAUUCAACUAUCUAUUCUACAAAGAAUAUGGAAUAUUUUUAGAAGAACUCGAUCAAAAUGAUUUUCAAAGAUAUGAAAAAAAUAAUUACACAUCAAAUAUUCAUCAAGAAAACACUAUUUACAGUGCUAUUAUGGAAAAUAAUAAAGUAUCACUUGUAUCAUUUACAGAAAGAGAAGGUUUUGAUAAAUAUCAAAGACUUAAAAAUGAAUUAUACCCUGAUUCAGAUUCUUCAUUUUCAUUGCUUGAAAUUUGUUGUUAUUAUGGAUCUGUUGAUUGUUUCAAGUUUUUAAAGUCGCAAUUUAAAUUAUCAAUAACUCAAAAAUGUCUUCGAUUUUCAUUUUUAUCUGGAAAUCAAGAAAUCAUGAAUAAGUGUUUGAAACACCAUAAACCAGAUAAUACAUGUAUGCAAAAUGCUAUUAUUAAGCACAACAUUGAUUUUGUUACAUUCUUAAGCGAUGAAUAUAAGAUCAACAUUAAUCUGGAAUAUUGUGGAAUGUAUAAUAAUCUUCUUGCAUUUUUUGUAUAUUUAGAUCAAACUCGUUCAGUUGACAAGUGUUUUGCUUGUUCAACAUUGUUUAAUAAUGAAAAACUAUGCACAUUUUUGAUUUCACAUGGUGCAAAUAUAAAUACUAAAGACAAAAAUGGAUGCACAGCUCUUCAUUUCGCAACAUUAUACAAUUGCACAAAAAUGUUAGAAUUUCUUAUAUUGCAUGGUGCAGAUAUAAAUGCUAAAAAUGAAUCUGGAUGCACAAUUCUUCAUUUCGCUGCAGAAUUAGAUAAGAAAGAUAUUGCAGAAAUACUUAUUUCAUACGGCGCUGACAUUAAUGCUAAAAAUGAGCAUGGACGUACCCCUCUUCAUUUCGCAGCCCAAUAUAAUCAAAAAGAAAUAGCAGAAAUUCUUAUUUUGCAUGAUGCUGAUAUAUCUGCUAGAGAUAAAGACGGAAGGACCGCUCUUUCAAUCGCAUAUUUAAAGAAAUCUAAAGAAGUCGCGCAAUUUCUUAAUUCGUAUACAAAGUGA